AUGGGCUUCACACGGGCGCCAUAUAUAUGUGCGCAAUGCACCGUUCGCUUUUCACAGCCGUUGCGCCCUGCGACCCGCCGGGCCUUCCCUCAAUCACGGUUACAACGCCGUAAUAUCAGCCAAGCGGUCCAAGCCGGCCGACCCUUCCGAGUAGCCAUUGUAGGCUCAGGCCCGGCUGGUUUUUACGCAGCAUACCGUCUGUUGAGCAAGGUUGAUGAUGCGGUGGUUGACAUGUAUGAGAAGCUGCCCGUACCGUUCGGCCUGGCGCGGUACGGAGUAGCUCCGGACCACCCGGAAGUCAAGAACUGUGAAGAGAAAUUCACCGAAGUUGCAGAAUCUCCACGCUUCAAUUUCAUCGGAAAUGUGGAGUUGGGGGAAACCCUACCUCUUCAAGUGCUCAAACCCCACUACGACGCCAUUCUAUUCGCGUACGGUGCACCGAAGGAUAAGAGACUUGGAAUACAAGGAGAAGAUGCAUUGCGCAGCGUAUACUCUGCGCGAGAGUUUGUUGGAUGGUAUAACGGCCUACCGGAGCAUCGAGAUCUUGCCCCGGACCUUACCGCGGGAGGGGAUGCGGUGAUUAUCGGCCAAGGGAACGUCGCAUUGGACGUGGCUCGGAUAUUGCUGUCCGAUGUGGAUCGCCUUCGUCAGACUGAUAUCGCCGAUUAUGCCUUGGAAGCGCUAUCUCGCAGUAAGAUUAAUCGAGUCCGGGUAGUAGGGCGUAGAGGCCCUUUGCAAGCGUCUUUCACUAUAAAAGAAGUUCGCGAGCUGCUACAGCUUCCAGGUGUAUCAUUUGAACCUAUUCGUCGAGAGCUAUUUCCACCGGAAGAUUUCAUUUCGGCUCUUCCCAGAGCCCAGAAACGGCUAAUCCAGCUUCUUGCCAAGGGAUCCACCAAUGAUCCUACCACGGCCACCAAGUCGUGGUCUCUUGAUUUCCUAUUGUCACCGGAGUGCCUUAACUGGUCCCCCGUUGCUCCGUACCGCUUGUCCCAUGUACGCUGCCACCGCAACGAGCUCGACCCUGAGAAUCCAUUCUCCCCAAGCUCAAAGGUUACAACAAAGUACCUUUCCAGCGGCAAAGAGGCGAAAGUCAAUCUUCCCGCCAAUACAUUUUUCCGCAGCGUUGGGUAUAAAUCUCUUCCUUUACCCGGACUAGGGGACCUAGAGGUGCCGUUCGACGACAGCCGCGGAGUAAUUCCGAACGAUGGCUUCGGCCGGGUCACUGUCCCUUUGACUACAGAAGCUGGGACCCAUGACAAACUCCCAGAUGGAUCCGUGAUUUCCCACCUACCAGGGCUAUACUGUGCGGGUUGGGUCAAGCGCGGACCAACCGGUGUCAUAGCCACAACGAUGACCGAUGCAUUUAGCACAGCAGACGCAAUCGCAGCUGAUCUAUCAAAGAGCGGCAGCUCAUUGCUCAACGCCUCCCACGAAAGAACAGGCCUUGGAUGGGAGGGCGUCCGCGCCGAGGCUGAACAACUCGGCGUUCGUGCAACGAGCUGGGAGGACUGGGAACGGAUAGACCGGGCUGAGCGCGAGCGGGGAUCACAGAAUGGCAAGAUCCGGGAGAAGUUUGGACGAGUAGAGGAGAUGCUGGGGGUAUUAUAA